AUGGACCAGGGCGAAAAAGAGCCCGUUGAGGAAAGCGCUAUCUGGAAUGAACUCAAUGCCUUCCGCACUUCGUUCAAUUCGAUUUGCAAAGGCAGAAGCAUCAUCUGUAACCCUGACAUCCUUGGCCAGCUCGGCGAUACAGAUCUUCGGCGGCUUUCACUCAAUCUAUUAGUUGCGCUGCAAAAUCUUCCAGCGAUCAAUGCGGUUCCCUCCAGGACGGGACCCGGCACUGUUGAAAGUGAUGUACUGAGACUCUUGUCCGCCGUGACGGCGGACAAUUUCGACUUUAAUCGUGUCAAAAGACUGUUAAAAGAAGCACUUACAGACAAGCCUCGAGAUACACUAAUAUGGGAGCUUGUGUCAAGUGCCGCCGUCGAAUCCACUCCGCCGCCUCGGGCGAUGCCUUCGUCGACUCAACAAACGCCGUGGAGUCAGAACACCAGCAGCUUUGUGAACUCGUCGGAAUCUCGCCAAAAUGUGGAUCCAGUCCUUAAACAGGAACUCGAACAUCUCUACGUUGGACUUCCCAAUUUCCAUGAGGCUUUCUUUGGGGACAUGCCGGAACUCGACGUGGUUUCGGAGGCGGUCUUCCGCAAGUGUACUGAAGGCGACAACCCACUUUUCAAGGAGGGCUGGAGUGGAUGGCCAGCACGCGCCAAAGAGAGCGACGUGCUGACUUGGAUUGACGGCUUAAUCUUGAAGCUGGAAGUAUUCGCGGGCGACCGCAUUUCGACUUCGCCGGCUAGGCGAAAGCUCUUGGCGCAGCCGAGGACACCGCUGGAGGGCUCCACAGGCAAGCGCAGCAUGGAUAUCGGCUUCGUUGACAGUGAGAUCACAUACAAACCUGACACUACGGAUUCAAGGUAUCGUUGGGCACACAUUCUUGUUGCCGGUGAAUUAAAAAGCAACCCAAAGGCCGACAUCCCAUCGAUUGCAUGGAUUGAUCUCGCCAGGUAUGCGAGAGAGGUACUCGCCGCUCAAGAUACCCGCCGCUUCGUCUUGGGUUUUACUCUCUGCGGGCCUCUUAUGAGGGUAUGGGAGUUCGACAGGCUCGGGGGGAUCGCCUCCGAACAAUUCGACAUCAACAAGGAGGAAGGUGGGCUACAGUUUGUGACUACAAUUCUGGGGUUUCUACGGAUGAACGAGGAGAUGCUUGGAUUUGAUCCUACCAUAAUAACAGCCGGGGGCCAGAAAUAUAUCGAGAUUGAACGCAACGGUCAGCCAGAGCGUCUCAUCCUUGGCGAGGUCAUGAAGCGCGCACCAUGCAUCGCUGGCCGAGCGACAACUUGUUGGAAAGCUCAUCGCAAAGAUGACCCGCAUACACCACUUGUCAUAAAGGACUCGUGGCAGUACACCGACCGGGACGAAGAGGGCGAUCUGAUCCAAGAAGCGACUGAGAAAGGUGCAAUUAACGUUGCCCGAUACUAUCACCACGAGACUGUCCGCGUCCGCCAUUCUGAUGACGAAAUCCGAAAUAAUGUUCGAAAGAGACUAGACGUCACCAAAGCAACGAAUUACCGCUCAGGGCGUGCGAUGUUGCCGUCGAGUACCAGCGCGUUGAGUAUUUCACGCAAAGGGCGAAGCAGCAGCUCCGGGGUGAAGCGUCCAUCAAGCGAAACUGAUGCCGCUCUGCCACCGAGCAAGCGAUCUUGUUCGGCAUCUCCAACAAAACCCAACCCGGACGCGCUGUCAAAUCGGAUACAUCGACGUGUCAUUCUUCGAGACUAUGGGAAGCCGAUCUACAAGGCAAGCUCCCGUGCGGCCCUACUUGCUGCUCUAGUGGGCUGCAUUGAAGGUCACGAAUCCUUACACAAGGCUGGCUUCCUCCACAGAGACAUCUCCAUUAAUAAUCUCAUGAUGAAUGAGAAUAAGGAGAACCCUUCUUGGCGAGCCUUCUUGAUCGACCUUGACCUUGCUAUAAGGGAGCACCGAGACGGGGCUUCGGGAGCAAUGGGAAAGACCGGUACUAGGGCGUUCAUGGCCAUCGGUGCAUUACUGGGGGAACAGCAUUCUUUCAUGCACGAUUUAGAGUCGUUUUUCUGGGUGCUCUUCUGGAUAUGCAUACAUUACAAUGGGCCAGACGACAGCAGGCCUGUGCAGCGAUUUGAAAAGUGGAAUUACGCGGAGACGGCUGAGUUAGCAGAGUUGAAGAAGGGUCAGGUGUCCCAUGAACAAGAUUUCAUUAGGACUACGAGCGAAUACUUCACAACACUCUAUACGCCGUUGAUACCCUGGGUUAACAAGCUGCGCAAGGUGGUGUUUCCCAAUGGCAGGAGAUGGGAGAAGGAGGACAAUCGGUUGUAUUUGCGGAUGAAGGAUGUUCUCCACGAUGCUAUAACGGAUCCCGCUGCGGCCAGCCCUUCAGUUGCGACGACGCCUUAA